UGUUGUUCACUAGUAGGUUAACUGUAUUAUUUCAAUUCUACCUUGCAUAGUGCAACUUUUGCCUAAAAACUCGGUGUUCGUAAACUGUCUCCGUGCAUAUGCUCAAAUUCGCAUGAUGAUCCAGAUGAAGUGCAUGACCGAAGAUCGUAUCCAACGACUGCAAGGAUAUAUCAAGACUUACAUGGGUUACUGUUCGCAUGUCUCUACGCAAUACAAUAAAAACUUCGAUUUCCUCAAACAACACUUGACCACCCAUAUCAUCCCGGAAUCCCAGAUAUCAAGCAGAAGGGAACACUCGAUAACUAUGAGACUCGUGUUGGCGAAGGUUUCCAUCGAGAGAUGCAGGAGACAUACAAACAAACAAACAAACUGUAAGGAGGCUGAACCUCAGAUAGCUAGGAUUGACGAAAAUCUAGAAGCAGUAGCACUCAUGUUUAUAGACAAUCAUGAUGCGAGCCAACACGAGAGCACGCUAGCGAAGACGACUAGAUCCGACGAAGUUCAAUCCGGUUCGGAUGCGACUCAGAUCCGCGGUACGCUGACAAGGUCCGAUGAACAUUGGAUCCUGGGAUCACCAGUUUCCGGGAUCACAGAUGUGAAGGGAUUAGUGGAUGAGCUUGUUCCCUCGUGGACUCGCAUGAUUAAUCUUGUAGACCAUGAAGUCCUGCAAAGAUACCGACAGCUGAAAAAAAAAGACGAGGGAUAUAGUGAUAUACAUACGCAAAAGCUGAUGGGGAAUACUUCUGGUAUAACUCGGUCACGUCACUUAUCAUCGUCGAUCCACUUUGAGAGCACGAGUCAUACAACGGACGGGAUUUGUUUGAAAUAGUAACGACACAAUUGAAAGACCACAAACAUAUUGAGUUACACGACAGCAGCCAACGUUCGAAAACAGAUUUCAAGUCAGAGGUAAACAAUUGGAACACAAAGGAAAUAUCCAAAAGAUCACAAAAUCUGGAUCUCAAGCCUGAUCGAUGCUGA